GAUGUCGAGAGAGACAGCAACUCCUGGCCAGGAAAAGGAUUUCAAACUCUAACAGUGGUUAUUAGGCACUACCUCAACCUCAGCCCACCACUCAGGCGGUCUGAAAUCUGAAGAAUAUUAGGUAGAAAAAGAAACUCAUGUCCAUGCUAAUGUUUACCUUUGCGUGUCCUUUUGGCUGGCUUAGCAGCUGUUUUUCUCUUUCAAACAUCUCUCUGGUUCCUGCACCCGCUCCAACUCUUCUUUCUGCCCGCCUUGCUGCUGCUGUUUAAGUUCUCCUCUUUUUUUUGAACUUGGGUAUAUUUUCAUGACUCAUCAGUAUCUCUUGUCUUAUAUUCAUCAGCUUGGCAUAGGAGUAUUAAACAUUUAGUGGUGAAUGAAGCCUUAUUGUUCCACAUUGAAUGACAUCCUUUAAAUUUUGAAAUCCCUUAUUUCAGUGUGUCUGAGAACCCAAGUUGUUUCCACGUGAGUUCCCAAGGGUUUGUUCUGACCUCUGCAGAUCUGUCAGAGUAAAAAGCAGUCCUCUGCCAGCUGCUCCAUAGUUCUCAAGCCAAGUUCCCCAGCAGCCCUUCACCUGCAGAAGUGUCACUGGGUCAUUGAGGAUCCAUCUUAGAUCAGGGUGGGCUCAGCUCUAUGUAGUAUCCUCCCAGAAACCUGGGCUGAAAGAGCCUCCACCGUCAGAGACAUCCCUGUCAUUGUGGUGGAAAGAGAACAUGGCAAGUUGCUCAUCUCAGCAUUUACACAGGAAGUCCCUAGAAAGAGCGGCCUGCCAACUGCCCUUCCCCAGAUCCUGAAUGCACUCCUGGCCCGGUGGAGCAGAGAACAGGUCACUGUACUGGUCAUGCUGAGCUCAUACCCUGAUGGCUGUUCCGUGAGGUCAAGACUGGGUCCCCUCCCUUCUCCCGCUUUACCAAUGCCUGGUCUCAUGGGGUUAGUUUUGAGCGCAACACUAUGGCAUCCUCCUCCUCCCUCCCAGCUCCUCGCUCCCGGUCCAGGAAGCCUCUGGGCAAGAUGGCUGACUGGUUCAGGCAGGCCCUAUCGAAGAAGCCCAAGAAAGUGCCCGUCUCCCCAGAAAGCCCUUCCAGUGACGUGUCACUGCCAAGCUCACAGGACAGCGACCCACCCCCGGGCCUCAGCUCAGUGGUGUCUCCUACCCCACCACCAACACACGUGGGCACCAGCAGCAGUAGCCGCUGGAGCAAGGACUAUGAUGUCUGCGUGUGCCACAGUGAGGAGGACCUGGAGGCUGCCCAGGAGCUGGUCUCCUAUCUGGAGGACAGCACUGCCAGCCUGCGCUGCUUCCUGCAGCUCCGGGAUGCAACUCCAGGCGGCGCCAUUGUGUCUGAGCUGUGCCAGGCACUGAGCAGUAGUCACUGUCGCGUGCUGCUCAUCACCCCAGGCUUCCUCCGGGACCCGUGGUGCAAGUACCAGAUGCUGCAGGCCCUGACUGAGGCCCCAGGGGCAGAGGGCUGCACCAUCCCCCUGCUGUCAGGCCUCACCAGAGCUGCCUACCCUGCCGAGCUCCGAUUCAUGUACUUUGUGGACGGCCGGGGACCUGACCACGGCUUUCGCCAAGUCAAGGAAGCUGUCAUGCGUUAUCUGCAGGCCCUCAGCUAACACUUGUUAUAUCACCAGGGGACCCAGAAAGUUGGAACAAAGCUGGAAACUGAGUUAGAGAGCCCAGGGCCUGGCAGGGCCGUGGAUUCCAGCAGAUGUGAUGAGGCAUAAAGAGCAGGUGUUUGCAGCACUUUGUAUGUGAUCCUGGGAUCAGAUUGCCCAUCAGGCUUCCAUUACUGUGGGCUCCCAAGAAGGCCAUGGGGAUGCUGGGGACUCCCCCAGGAAGGCCAUGGGGAUGCUGGGGACUCCCCCAGGAAGGCCAUGGGGAUGCUGGGGACUCCCCCAGGAAGGUUGUGAGGAAGCUGGGGACUUCCCAGGAAGGUCAUGGGGAAGCCAGAAAUAGGAGGUGGGAGGAGAGGUGCUGAUACCAAGAUGAUCACCAAUGUUUUGCCUCCUGGCUAACUGGAUGUGAAGCCUGGUGCAUUCCUGUCUUCUUCCCUGGAAUCGGGCACUGGUGUAGAGAUGCAUUCCUCCUGAAGGGGCGACUCACCUGAUUAAUGAGCUGGAAGCCUCAGCAUGGAUGGUUUUCCCAGUUGAGUAUCGAGUCCUUCACACUCACUCCACUGCAGUUCUCUUUACCAGGGACAUCGUUCACUUCAGAAAGCUACAUGAAGAUGCAUUCAGCACUGUACUCUAUUUAUUUUUAUUACAUGCCUGUCAUUGAAGACUCAAACCCAGAAACCGUUCUGAAUAGGAGAGGGCAGGGAGCAGGUGGGGUGAGAAGGAAAGCUCAGACCCUUCACCUGCCAUCAAAAGCACUCCCACCAAAGCUUUGACACAUGGGGGCCUCGUCAGGGGUCUGGCUGGAGCUCAUGCUUUACCUCUGCUCUGA